CGUUCUUCGCACACUACCUACCACCACGUUGCUUGGAAUCCGUCCGUCGCCACGAUAUUGCGCCGUGGAUUUCGUAAUUUCGUGUGUAGUACGGACCAGAGACGACUACCGAGUGCAUUACUCCUGCUACAGUCUGCUCGUGUGUACGUAAAUCCGCGUAGUAAGUUUUCGGUUUUCUCUCAUCUUAAGACCGAAUUUCUUCUCAACAGAGUUGCCGGCUGUUUUGUUUUUUUUCUUUCAAAUUGUAUAAUAUUAUUUUAUUCCAUCCAUAGAACGGAAGUUCCGCCGACCGUAGUAUAUCGCGACUCGCACUAUACGCAUUUCGUGCGUCUUACGCCUAUCGUGGUGGUGUUUCCCCCCCAAAAAAAUAACACAAUUAAUUUAAAGAAUUUAUAUCGUAAUAUAUUUUAAUUUGUAUUUGUCGCGGUUUCAAUAUUAUUAUGGCACGAGGCGACAACGUGGACAAGGUUUUACACUCGUAUCAAGGUGGAUAUCAUACGAUAUGUUCAAGGUGAGGACUGUAUCGUUGGGGAAAAUUUUAACGCUUUCGACAGCCGUCUUAUACCUCGGUUAUCUUUGGUACAAGCGCAAGAGAACUUUGUCACAUCGCCAGAGUGACAAGAAGAGACCCCGUUCUGAACCUUCAGAACUGACUAAAAUUGACGAUCAAGAAUUGUUGCAGGCAUUAGAAAUAGCCUCUCAUAUGUUAGAGGUAUCACAAACUGUGGAAGAAGAACUGAUUGAGAGUUCUGUUAUUCAUAAAGAGAUCAUGGAGCCGACUGUCAGUCAAAUAGAAGUGAAUGAAAAAGAAUCAUUUAUAGAUAACCAAGAAGUACAUGAAUUGGUUACUAAAGUUAUCACAAUAGCUAGUGAACAACAGGUAUGUUUAGAAUCUGAUUUCAUCACGAUAGAUUCUUUAACUGAAGAUAUGACUAAUUUGAAAUUAAGUUCAGAAAUAGUAAAAGAAAAUGAAAUAGUUAUAAAUACUGAUGAUUCUAUAAAUGUUCAUCAAAUAAUAGAAAAUAUUGAGAAAGAAAAAAUAGAAGAAUACUCUAAAGAUAAAACGGCUUGUUGGACAGUAAUGGUAGAAAAAGAAGAUCACUGUGAAUGUCCAAAAGCUGUUCUUGUUAAAAAAGUUAAAAAAGAUGAAGAACCUAUGAUAUUUGAAGGAAUAAAAUUUAAAGGAAAAAAGAAGAAAGGCAGAAAAAAAAAUCAAACAAAAGAUACUAUUAAACUUCCUUCUGAAUCAAACAGUAAAAAUAAAACUAACCUCAUUGUAAAAUCUGUAAAGAAAAACCAAAUUGUAGAAGAAGAUUGUGAUUCAGCGCAUAGUGUAGAUCAUAGUAUUGAUACCAAUGACGCACCAAAUACAAUUUAUUCAGAUAUUAGAAGUGUUGGUUCUCAAGACAGUGGCAAAGGUGGUAGUUCUUUUUCUGGAGAACUGCGCACAGUAUCUGAUUCUGAUGAGCAAACCAGUUAUGACUUUAUAGUUCCAAUUGAACUAGUUGGACCAAUUAUUGGUAAAAAAGGAGCAUUUGUUAAAUAUAUCAAAGAGAAAAGCAAUGUUAGGCUUUUUGUUGAAAACAAGACUGAAAGUCCAGAAGAUAAAUAUAAAAUGUGCACAUUAGUUGGAUCUGAAAUAAAUAUUAACAAAGCUCUCAAGUUAAUUAGAACAAAGUUUCCUGAAAGAGCUUACCCUGAGUUUACUUUAGAAUGUAUUUCUUCAAUGUUGGAUAGUUCACCUGUUAUUUCUCAACUUUUUAAGUCGGAAUUAAUUGAAGGUGUUAAUAACCAUGUUAUCGUCACUGACCUAGUAGCUACAGAUCAUUUCUUUGUACAUAAUGCAUCAAGUCCAGAUUAUGCAUUGCUUUCUUCUUUGAACUUUGCCAUGAACGAUACAUUUGGAAACAGCAAAGAAGAUAUUCCAGAAGUUGAUUUACGCACUGUUACCCAUGGUUCUGUAGUGGCCACCUAUAGCGAAAAUAAUUGGUACCGUGCACAAGUGAUCGAUGUAGACGAAAAGAAAUAUGAAUCUGCUAAUGUAUUCUUUUUGGAUUAUGGCGGUUGCAAAAAAAUUGAACAAUGUGAUAUGAGGCCAAUGCACGAUUCUUUAAUAUCAUUAAGCUUCCAAGCAAUUGAAUGUAGUUUAGCGAAUAUUGCUCCAAUUUAUGGAGAGUGGUGUGAGGAAUCCCUAAAAAUGUUUGAAACACUGACUACUAGCAAAAUGUUGUUCGCGCAAGUUGUUUACAAAUCUGAUAGUAUACAAUAUGUUAAUUUAUUAGCUUUUGAUGGCUUAGUGACCAUUUCUAUCAACGAUGAACUGAUUAAAUAUGGGUUUGCCGUCUAUGCUCCCCCAAGUGGUAUUUACCGAAACGAUACAAAACCCGAACUUAACGAUCCAACACACGCAACUGCAUAGGUUACUCUCUCAUUUGUUUUAAAAUUGCUUUUGUAUUUUCCUGACUGUUAUUGCGUUUAUUUUAUUACUAUUUUUUCCAUUCAUGACUUAAUGACUUAAUCAUUUUUAUUCAAUUUUAAAUCUUUCAUUGAAAACCUGCUUUCAGGUAUAUUAUUUUUUUUUUUUUUUAAGUAAUGCACUCAUUUUUCUACACAAAUUGGUAUUUUUUUUUUUUUAUGAAAAGAUGAAAACCAAACUUUUGAUUUAUUAUUUAUUAUGAAAUAAAUUUGCUUUGGAUUAUAUUAAUAGUUAAUUAACGAUUAAUUCUUUCUUUAAUACAAAUACCAAACUUUUAACACUAAUAUACUUAAAAAUUGUAAUACAUUUUUAUUAAAAUACCAUUUGUUAUAAUUUUGAGUACUUCAGUUUAUUUGUGUAUCAUAUAAAAAAAAAAAAUUAUGUAAUGUGUCACACGGAAAUAGUUUUAUAUAUAUAAGACAAUUUUUUUUUUUUUUUUUGACAAAAAAAUGUUUAUAUUGUUUGCAUUUGAGUAAAAAAAAUUUAGAUUUAAACCAAAUAAAUUAUGUUAAAUUAUAUUUUUUUUUUUUAUCUUCGUCGACUGUAUUACAAUAGAAAUAAGGUUUUUUUGAAAAUGGUUUUUCUUUUUCAACUGAGUACAUAAUAUGUUAAAUAUUUUAGAUAAAAUUAUGAAAUUAUUUUAAUUAACGUUAUCUUUUAACAGGAUAAAAUAAAUCACAUCUAUUAUAUUAGAAUUAUUAUCAAAUAAUUAGAAUAUAGGACCUUACAUAAUGUCUCAAUUUAAGAGUGAUAAUUUAUAAAAACGAUGAUGUAAAUUUUAACUAAAUGUACCUCCUAAAAGUUCAUAGAAUAACUAUGAAUGAAAUAUCAAAUUAUAUAUUUAUAAUAAAAUUAAUUAAUUAUUGAUACGGAUAAGUUAAGAUAAUUAUAAGGGAAGCAAUUUUUGUUAUUGAGUCUUCUUUUAUAAAAAUUAACGAUUCAGUUAUAUAUUUUGUUUUAUUUUCACAAUAUUGUUACCCUCUAUUGAUUUAAAAUGAAUCAAAUUAUUAAUUUGAUGUUUAAUGGCUAACAUAUAGGAAUAUUUAAUAAACCGCACACAGAUUUUGAAAUACUGGACGUUUGGAUAUCCCAUUACCGCUCAAAUUUAGUCGUUUUCACACAGCAAAAAAAUAUUCAACUCGAAAUUUGGACACUCAAAGAAAUUUCUGUUGACAAUUUUUUUGAAGAAGAAAAAUAAUCUUAGAGUGAUACAUUGUUACAUAAUAUAUAAUUGCAAAAUUCUUUGGAUAGCAGGCAUUAGUGCAAGUAUCUGGUUUUACUGUAGCCCAGUAAUUUCUGGUUCUCAGAUCCAACAGCCAGUUUAGGUGUAUAGAAAAUGAAAAUAUUAACAUUCAGUGAAAUUUUCAUGUAUCUACUAUCUACAUAAAAUGUAUGCAUCUUGUUUGUUUUUGAAUAUCCAAUCUGGGAAAGUGUAUCUAGUUGGUGCAUUGGGGAGGUCAUAAUUUAAAAUUUCCAUUAAUUUUCAAAAGCGCAGGGAAAAACUUGAAAUUUUACGGAAAAACGGUUUUCCACAAAAUCAAUUUUGGUUUUUAGUGUAACUCUAAAAUACAUGACUGUAUGAACAUGCAAUUUUUACUGGUUGUUAUAUGUUAGAAUUUCCUAUACAACAAUAACAUUGUCAAAAUAUUUUGAGCUGUUUACUAAAAUUUUCAAUUUCCUAUUUAUUUAGUUUUUUUUUCUUAUGAAUAUCAAUUAAGUUUUAUUUGUUGGGUAAAAAAGCUUGAAAAUUUAAAACAAGGCUCCUACUAUAUUGUUACAAUGCCAUUUGAAAAAUAUUAAAAAUAAUUUUUUUUUUAUAAGCAUUGAAAGUUCAAAACUACAAAAUACUGAAAAAUCGCGAAAAUUAGCAGAUUAUUCUGAGUUGAGAAUUCAUAAAAAUUUUUCUUUUUAAAUCUAAGAUUUGAAAAUAUAAUACAAGAUUCCUCAUAAGUUUGUCUACCGUUAUCAAAAAAAAAUGUCUUCAAGCCAAUUGAAUUACAUUUUUAUGAGCAUUUGAAGUUCAUAUUUUUACAAGAUUUUAAUUCAAAAACGAAUAAUUGUAGAUACUUUAAAUUUUCACUAGUUUAUAUUAGCAUUUUCUAAUUUCUAUACACCAUAACAUUUUAAAAAUCUUAUGACUUGUUUUGAGCUGUUCGGGGUAUUGUCAAUUGUCAAUUUUUUUGGUUUUUUUUUCUACAUUUAUCAAUAAAAUAUUUUUUGUCGGUCAAAAAAGUGUGAAAUAUAAAUACAAGGAUCCAAAAAAAAUAUCUGGGGGGAAACGUGCCCCUCUGGCUAUGCCACUGAUAUUUUUGUAUUGUUAUUCCUUUAUACCUUAUUGCUUAAUGCGUAUACAUAUUAUUUUAUAUAUAAAUGUGAAUAAAAAUUUUGUUGUCAUUUGAUAUAAACUCCUGGAUUUACUCCAGCACUACCUGAC